CUGCUACAGAUUCAUCCUUAACUGACUGGAGAGAUUUGUGAAUGCAGGCACUGAACCAAGAAGUAAUCAUGUCUGAGCUGACAACAGUGCUCUGUCACCACUGAGAAACUCCACUGCUAAAACCCACUGAUACGAUCUAAAGACAAUGAUGGAGUUGACUGCUAUUCCUUCGUGUCACUAUAACCCAACAGAUGUAUCUGGAAACAAUGGCUCCAUCUAUUACAGUGACGAUGAGUAUGACUUUAAGGACGAGCAUGCUGAGCUGAAACAGUCUCUCCUCACCAUGAUUGCCAUUGUUCACAGUCUGGUCUUUGUUCUUGGUGUGCUCGGGAAUGGAGUGGUUAUCUGGGUGACCGGGUUCAAGAUGAAGAAAACAGUUAACACAGUUUGGCUCCUCAACCUCGCUGUGGCCGACUUCCUCUUCACAGCAUUCCUGCCUCUGAGUGUGGUGACCAUAGCUUUGGACCUCCACUGGCCUUUUGGCAAGUUCAUGUGCAAACUGAACGGCACCUUAUACUAUCUAAAUAUGUUUGCCAGCGUCUACAUUCUGAUGGUGAUCAGUGUGGACAGAUGUGUGUUAAUUGUGUGGCCCGUCUGGGCCCGGAACCACAGAAGUGUACGUAAGGCAUACUGUGUGAUUCUGGGUAUUUGGAUACUGGCUCUGAUUUUCAGCACUCCAUACUUCAUCUUCAACGACACUCUAACAUUAAACAAUAUAGGCGUCACUAUCUGCUUUCAUAGCUAUGCCCUCUCUGAUGACUAUGAAACACCAUCUGUGAAUCAGCUGCGACAGUUUCGUCAUCAGGCCAUGAUCACCAGCCAGUUCCUCCUGGGAUUUGUUGUCCCCUUCACUGUCAUUGUCUCCUGCUAUGCUGUGAUAAUCCAUCGAAUCAGAAGAAACCACACCCUGGCCAGCCAGUCAAGUCGCCCCUUUAAGAUCAUCACUGCAGUUAUCACCACCUUUUUCUUGUGCUGGGCUCCUUAUUACACCAUGCUUUUAAUUGUGAUGGAACAAUCCAUAUCUUCUCAUCAAAGUGAAACAUCCAGUGUUAUCACAAUCUGGGCCCCUGUAUUUACCUGCCUGGCUGUUCUCAACAGUUGCUUGAACCCUGUGCUGUAUGUGUGCAUGGGCCAAAAUUUCAAAGAUAAUGUCCGUAAAUCCAUCCCAAAAGCAUUGGAGACAGCCUUUCAGGAAGAGGUUUCUGGCCCUCGCACUGACACAAAGUCAGUACACACCAGUCAGAGCAAAGAGAUGACAACUUGUGAUACUGCAGUAUAAGGCUGUCCGUGACAUGACGAAACAAAUACUGAAACUGUACAUAGCAAAUAAUUUUGACACACAUGUACAUGUAUACAUCAAAUUACUUCUUUUGCUUUUGUUUUGUUCGUAGAAGGACCUUCAAUCUGAGAUGUUUACAGCUCAGAUUGAAUAGCAUAGCAGGUAUUUCAACCUGACUUUAGUCUGAUGUAGUUUUACUGUAUGGUUGGCUAACUGGUAGCAAAGAGUACAGCCUUUACACUGUAUACCCAGAGCUCGCAGUCUGAUGGAAGAAACUGGUGGUACAUUAAGUUGUGAUGCCUUUUGUGAGCUAAACCUUUGUUUGAUAAGGUGAUAGUGAAAUGUUUUAAAUCAUACAGAACAAAUGGCCACAAGUGAUCUCUGCAGUUCAUUUGCUGCCUGCCAUUUUUGUAAUGAUUGUUAUUCAACACAAA